AUGGGUGCCAAAGUACCCCGUAAUUUUCGCCUGCUAGAGGAGCUGGAGAAGGGCGAGAAGGGUCUCGGUGCUGAGGCCUGCUCCUACGGUCUCGAUAACGGGGACGAUCUGUUGAUGUCAGACUGGAAUGGCACUAUACUUGGACCACCUCAUAGCGUUCACGAGAACCGCAUUUACAGCGUCAGCCUCCACUGCGGCCCCAACUACCCUGAUGUACCACCAGAGAUCUCCUUCACCUCCAAGAUCAACCUCCCCUGCGUGAAUCCACAGAACGGAAAGGUCGAUGCAUCGAAGCUACCAUGUCUAGCCCAGUGGAAGCGGGAAUUUACUAUGGAGACCAUACUUAUCGAGCUUCGACGGUACAUGGCUCUUCCUCAAAACAAGAAGCUUCCCCAGCCGCCUGAGGGUACGACGUUCUAG